CACCGAACUGUAGAAGGCAAUCGCUGUGUCUCCUCUGCACUCUUGGAUGGGAUCUGGCCUCCGAGGAACCAUGUGCCUUUGGAUUUGGUUACUUUACUUCCUGCCAGUGUCUGGGACUCGGAAACUCCUGCCAGAAGUACAGCUGGAUGCAGAGUGUGGCGGGUCCAUCACCAUCCAGUGCCCACUCCCUCAGACGCCUGUGAGGAUGUAUCUGUGCCGGCAGAUGACUAACCCUGAGCUGUGUGCCACUGUGGUGUCCAACAGCUUUGUCAAGGAGAAAUACAAAAGACGAGUCACCUUAACACCAUGCUUGGAUAAGAAGCUAUUCCUAGUGGAGAUAACACAGUUGACCAAAAGUGACAGUGGAGUCUAUGCCUGUGGUGUGGGUGUAAACACAGACCUGGGCAAGACACAGAAAAUCACCCUGAAUGUGCAUAAUGAAUAUGAACCAUUCUGGGAAGAUGAGCCUACCCAUGAGCCUCCACCGUGGUUUUACAGAUUUCUGCAGGAGCACAUUCCCAGCUGGCUCCCCGAGGCUGAACAUGCCAGUUCUUCUGAAUUCACAUCUGAAGUUACCACACCAGCUCCAAGGACAGAGGCCCUAGUUCACCAGCCCUCCAGCACCAUUCCAGUCACCCACCACCACAGAGUUUCCAGAACACCUUCAGUGACGACUGACGAGUCCCCCGCCCUCCUGCCAACCACCACAGCCUCACGGACCUCCGCUCAGCAAGCACUCAGGCCCCUAGGGGCCAGCUACAGCCACCACACCAAACUUCACGGCCAAAGAACACUCCACCACAGCCCGCCGUAUGGGAGAGAAGACCAAGGACUUCAUAUCCCUGUCUUAGAAUUUCACAUCCUGAUUCCGACCUUCCUGGGCUUUCUCUUGCUGGUUCUCUUGGGACUGGUGGUAAAAAGAGUCAUUCUUAGGAGGAAAGCCUUCUCCAGGCGCAUGGGCCGAGUGGGGAUGAGGAUUCGAGGUCGGGAGGCGUCCAGCCAGUUCCCCGCACAGCGACCGCAACGCCAGGGUGCUCCGCAGAGGCCGCGCUCCCAGAACAACGUCUACAGCGCCUGCCCGCGGCGUGCACCGAUACCGGAGCAAGAGGGCUCAGCAGAGGCUUCGCUCCUCGGUGCGCCAGCUUCAGCAUCCCUCGACCCAUCUCAGGUACUUGAAGCCUCCUGGUCUCACACCCCACCUCUGAAGACAAGCUGUGACUAUGUGACCUUGUGCUACCAGCCUCCUGUCAAUGUGGAAGACACUGGUUCAGAUGAUUACAUCAAUAUUCCUGGCUCACAUCGUCUCCCCAGCUGUCCCUCGGGGCCCAGACCUUCAUGCCAAUAAGUCCUUCCUGUCUGCUGAUGUCCAUUUGUUACAGGAUCCAUAUCACCUCCCAUGUCCUGCACCCCAACUUGACUCUCGCCUGACCAUCGGAAUGCCUUGAGGAUGGUCUUAUUACAAGCUAAUUUUCACCCCACUGAAGGCCCUGCAUUCAUUGGGAGAGCCCUGGACAUGUGGAAUAUUUAUCUGUCAUGAUGACACCUGUCUAUUCUGUACUAUCCAACAGCUUUGGGACCUACCAGAUUCUUUGUCAUGGUCCUGUCUUAAGUGACCUACCCCUAGCUCAUGUGGCAUCAGACUGGAAGAUAAGCCCUGCUGACAUUUCCAGGUCCUGAACCAAAGGGCAUAAUGAGCUUCUACUUUUCUUGAGUGCCAUGGCAAGGGCCACUUAACUGGUAUAAUGACUUAUUCUAAAUUUUUAGAACUAAGCUUUAGAAUUCUCUCUCUCUCUCUCUCUCUCUCUCUCUCUCUCUCUCUCUCUCUCUCUCUCUCUCUCUCUCCAUCACUUAGUACAGAUAACCUGACUCCUCGUCUCUCUCCUUUAGAAGACUUGGUUAUCUCCCUACCUUCUAACUUCUUCUAUAUCUUAGUACCUCACUUUAGCCAAACUAUCACCUCUCUCUGCUUUCAGAAGUACAUUCAUUUCCUUGUCAAUUCCAGACAACUCAGGGCAAGGCAUGGGAGAAAAGCACCCUGGGGGAUCCCACAAGGUCAGGGAAUCUGCACGAGCAUUUCUGGCAUGGAAGAAGAGAAAUCCCACCUCCAUACAUGCUUCUUAUCUGACGUUUAGAGCUUGGUUGGAGUCGGAUGCUUUUGGGAUCGACAUCAGCUGCAGAGUUCAGCCAUAGGAUGAGGCAAGAGAUUGCCAGCUCUUGCCUUUGAGAAGAGGGUCUUUCCCAGAUACAGGAUGUAAGCUCCCUGAACAUUUUUCUAGAAAUAGAGUGGAGUGGCUACCUGA